AGUUGCUAAUUGCUGCAUUGAAAGUUAUUUUGCUGUUCACCUUGAAUUGAAAGAAGUAGUAGACAAGUUUCCUGCCAGUUUCGCCAUGGACAACAGGAAAGCGCUUUUAUCCGUGUUCGCGGCCAUAAUAGGCAUGAAUGAAUCUUCCUGGAACGAGAUUGCAAACGCCAUCGACAGUCGAAAUGAUACUCCGCAGUUUCUUUACACUGACAAACAAAUCCGCGAUGCUUACUUAGCAUGCCGAGCUGUGUACUUCUGCCAGUUGUUCCUAUGCACUCUUGGAAAUGGACUGAACCUGUGGACGCUGAUACGUAGUGCACCCACAUGGAAGACGUCAGCGUGUCACUACAUGAUCGCCACUGCCAUCGCUGAUUUGGUUGCACUAUGGUCUGGUUUUUACUGCUUCUUGACGGAUAUUCAGUUUGGCGGCUUUGCGGACGAAUAUACUGAUACAUAUCGACAGGAUGUCCCUUCCGUUCGAUAUGUAUAUAAACUAUUCCUCCCAUGGUUUUCUGAUGCGUCGAUGAGUUUAUCCGAUUGGAUUCUGGCUGUUUUCUCCUGGGAACGGCUGCUUGUGAUUCUGAGUCCUUUUCGGUUUCGGUUUCUCCAGCGGGUGUUCACGGCGCGUCUUAUCAUUGUUCCUCUCGUCAUCCUGUCGCUCGCAUGCUACGUAUACGAUUUUGCAGGCAACUAUUGUAUGUAUUCGUAUACGCUGUAUGAAAUGGAACGAAACCCCCCUUGGACUUGCUCCCAAGUGAUAACUUCACGAUCGUGGUGGCCAUUGGACAGGCGCGCCCAUGCAGCGGUUCAUGUUCUGAUAUUUCUGCUGAUCCUGAUUCCGAGUGUAUUCCUGAUUGCUUUUCUUGCUCGCCAAAGACAUUCGGAGUUCGGGAAGAUGCGUCGCUUGCAGAAACAGGCUGGCAACAAUGCAGCCGUGUCACAGGUGUCACCGUCUCCCGACAAAUCCCAGCACGGAAUUAACAUCAUCCUACUGAGCAGUGCACUGCUCUAUCUCAUCACGAGGACCCCCAAAAUCUUUGACCAGUGUGCAUUAUUACUACCGCCAAGCGUUAAAUUGUCUUACAAGGAUGAUCACGGCGCGUAUGCUCUAUCGCAGCCAAUCAUCGUGGUAACAACCUACUUGGGCUAUUCGUUAAAUUUUUACAUUUACUUGUUAACUGAAUAUCAAUACCGACGCCGCUUCAUCGAACUAGUAGUCCGUCCAGUGUGCCGUCCAUGCUGUCCCACCUUGUUUACUGGGGAAAGGACUGAACGACGAGCCAUUGCUGGAGAAAUUAGCCCAAAUCCGACGACACAUACUACUCAGCUGUAGGGUUGCUCUUUCCUGCUGCAAGAUCAAAACGAGUUUGAUAUAGCGCAUGUUGUUAAAGUCAACAGCAGCUUCUUUAUGAGCAAAUAAUGGUUCUUACCCUACGGGUAGUACUUUUUA